CACGAGUCGAAUGUAAUACUGGCUUCAAGUGUGCAGACUUUGCCCAUUCUCUGAACAACGGCGAUGCAGGCAAAACAUCAUGGGCCUGGCACGCGUUCACAGGAGCCCCAGGUUACCUGGCCCAGUGGUGCACUGUCGGUUGUGGCGGUGGCUUGUGGCAUCCUUCUUGCGGGACGGCUUUCGUUGGAGAUCUUAAUGUGGAUGGGAUUUAUAUCCAUCUCUCGAAGAACCGCGCUCACGCUGGCUGCGCUGGCAUCUCUGAGCUAUGUACUUUGCGGACCACUCCUUCAGCAGACCCCUCUUACCAAAAAACUUGGUGAGAUGUUGGUCGAACGAGUGCUUUGCGCGCGUAGAAACUGGGAGCUGGACACACUCAGAAGCUUCUGUGAAGUGUCCAUCUGGCUGCUGGUGGUGUGGUCCACAUACGUCAGCGCCGAUCCGGGGUUUGUGGGGCUGAUGGCAGCCUUGAUUUGCGGAACAGCGGCAGGAGCGGCUUUGGUCGUCCUUGGAGAGCUGCUUCAGCAGCCGCUACGAAAUGUAGAGAGGAUGCUUAGAGAGUCCUCUGCCAGCAGAGCGAUGAAGGGCCAGCAGGAAGAGACUUUCAUCCGAGGGAACAUCAUUCUGCUACUUCUCUUUGGGCCAACAGCUUUGAGCACCAUCUACGAGAACAGCCGUGAUCUGCUUGUUCUCGCUGGCAUGCUGGUACUCGGUGGCGCCUUCAUACUGGCGGCAGCCAGACUUUGCCAGGCUUGGCCCCCGACGCGGCAUUUGGGCAUCAUCCUCCAGGCUCGAAUCCUCAACACGGCGGAGAACUGGAGGAGGUUUCCAGCACGAUCUGCAUUGGAAUCGACCUUCUUCACUGCCGUUGUGAUGGGAGUCUAUGAACUUCAUGGUGAUGCACUCUAUGCCCUGCAGACCGGGUUUCUAUCCGGUAUGUCCAUCGUCAUUGCAAAUGAAGUCCUGGCGCAUGGCAUCAAUUUCAACAUCACGGAGACCGACGACUACUGCAAAGCAGACACCAGCGUUCGGCCUGUGAUUCUGGGCUAUGUCACUUUCAUGGUGCUGGUAUGCGUGUACGCGCAAGGCCAUGAAGCAGUGAAUGCUGCUGCACUGUCUGUCAUCCUGAAUUGCCUUUUGUGGGUUGUGAUUGGACGGUUCUUCGUCACCACGAAGGUUCUUCCGAACCUGGGUGACAUAGUCAACAAGAGGGCCUUGGAAGCUGGAGCGAAUUGGACCACCUAUCCUGUACGGUCCAUUGCAGAGUGCUCGGCAUGGUUGUGCGGCCAGUACAUAGGAUGUUGGAUUGGAUCUAUAUUGAUCGGCGCAGUGAUUGGCACAGCCAUCGGCAUGGUCGCCGUACUUGUAUCGGAGACCCUGCAGGGAAUGUGUCCUCAGCCCGCCGCUGACAAACCACUUCAAGCCUCUGCCUCUGCGGCAAAAGCAAGAUGGACAUGGGAGGAGGUGAAUCAGCAUUCUACAGCAGAUGACGCCUGGACAGUCAUUGACGGGCGUGUGUACAAUAUCACCGAGUUUGCACCUAGCCACCCAGGCGGCUCCAGCAUCAUACUCAAGUUUGCUGGAGUUGAUGCAAGCGAUCAAUUUGCUGCUUUUCACAGACCCCGGGUCUACGGACGAUUGCCAAAGUUACUGAUUGGUGAGGUCAUCGAGGACAGUGAGCACUUGCCAAGCAAGGCCACUUUGGAGUAUCGUGCUUUGCGCAAGCGACUUUGGCAAGAGGGUUGGUUCAAGCCAAACUCCUCUUAUUAUGCUUGGAAAGCGCUCGUGAGUAUGCUUCUUUUCGCAUUUUCCGUUGGCGCCGUGGUCAUGCUGUCCCCAAUGCACGCAAGCCUGCGCACAUUGGUCGCUGGUGUCGUCUUGGGUAUCGCAUGGCAGCAGGCAGCUUUUCUGGCACAUGAUGCUGACCACAACGGCAUUUUAACUCCACAAAGUGGAAGCUCAUUCAAUGCCUUAGCGUGGUUUCUCGCUAGUGUCGUGUUUGGCAUCUCCAGAGGUAUGUGGAAUGAGGAGCAUUCUUUGCACCACGCAAUAACAUUGCGACCGCAGGAGGAUCCACAGUUCAACUACUUGCCGCUUUGGCUAAUCUCCAAGAAGGAGCUGGAUGUACCGGGCACACGAGUGACUUUCCUUACUCGAGCAUUGGUUUCAGUUCAACAUUGGACAUUUCUUCCAGUUUCAGUGGUCAUUGGAAGAUUCAACUUCUAUCUCAUCUCCAUGUUGACAGCUUUGAAGCGAUUUCUGACUGCAAAGCGGCGCAGAGAUGCGAUCGGUGGCUGUUUGGACGUCCUUGGAAUGCUGAUGUUUUGGACUUGGUACGUGGCUUGGUCGGGAUACUUCACAUCCAACUGGUCCUGAGCCAUUUGGCGACAGAGACCUUCACUGCUGAAGAGGAGCGUCUGGAGCAGUUCUUCUCGUUUCAGCUUAAAACCUCCCGGAACAUUGAUGCAGACUGGUAUGAUCACUGGUUCCACGGUGGCCUGGAGUUUCAAAUCGAGCAUCAUUUGUUCCCCCAGCUCCCGCGCCACAACCUGGAGAAGGUCAAGCCAUUCGUCAUGGAGAUCUGCCAACGACACGGCAUACCCUAUAAAUCCACAAGCUUCUCCCUCGCACUUACAGAGGUUCUGAAAGACUUCCGCGGGCUUGCUGCGGACAUUGUUCAGCUGAGAAUGGGCUAAGACAGCACGAUGAUGUGAGCGAAGACUCAGAUCAUCCCAUGUACCAUUUUGCACAGUCUGGCAGCCUGUUCAUCGGGAGGUCAGCUACACUUUUUGCAGUGCGACAUGCGGUCGUUCCUGGCACCGGAUGUUUUGGUCACUUGCCUGCUUUCUCUGCACCAUAGCAGGCCUGGGCUUCAAGCCAGGAUGUUGGUGGCGACUCUUCGUCUGGUUUGUAGACGAGGGUUCUGACAAGUCGCUCCAUCGGUUCUCCUGAGCCUCAGCAUGGCUUCACCCUUUCACUCUGGGCCCCCGGCCCAGCAUUUUGCGCCACAACUUUGCAGUUGCUCUGCCAGAGGCAAGCAACAAGCUUGCUUCAAAGACGUGGGAGCUUGUUGCAGCCAGGAAGCCGCGGGCAAACUUUAACUCGUGAUUCUGGGCUUUGAACGGCUUCAUAAGAGCUCAGUUUUCGUGCCAAUGGUCUUGCUGUCAAGCGGCA